UAUGUUAAGUGGUUUUUCGCAUUGUUUUGAAGCCAAUUUUUUACUAAGACUAAAUCAAAUUUUUGAAAAGUUGAAUAUUGUUAUUACAGUUUUUGAAGGUUAUUUUCCAGAAUUAUUUUCAACUGAAAGAACAUGUCUAGUUUUAAAAAGCUGAUUGUUCUUAUAAGACUGAUUAUUUUUCUUCACAUUGCCAAUUCGACAUUCAUACCCGAACCUUUCGACAUACUUAAAUUUGGGCCGGAAAACUCGGACAGCUUUUUGAACAAAAAGGCUGAUACUUGCUCAUUGGCCCGAAACAUAUCUCGUUCGGUGAAAUUUGGCGCCGACAGAUACACGACUCUGUAUGUGUGUAUGAACGGCAUCGUUGCUUUUGGAGAGCCUGUUACUUCCUUCAAACCUGAUGAGUUCGAUAACUUCACUACACCGGUUCUGGCUCCAUUUUUUGGCGAUAUAGCUGUCAGUGACAGUUUCUUGGAUGAAAUGUGCUUUGACAGCGCAAGCAGUUACUACGUUGAUUUUGUCUACAACGUGGAAACUAUUUGUUACCAGUACGCGUAUCGACCCCAACCGGAUCCGUACGUGGGCAUACAAUUUUAUACUGAUUAUAUGCUCGACUUGGAUUUGAAAGCAAAAAUUUAUGACCAUUUUGCGUCAAGGUCAACUUGGAGUGGCCUGACAGUUGAUUUUGAUGACUAUAUAACACGGCUGACAUUCGGAAAAGAUACAACCAAGUACCCAAACUUGGGAAACAAUAUCAUGUACCGUGAAAUGACAGUAACAGAUUUAGGAUCUGUCGAUAGUUUCAUUCGAAACACGCCCAUCAAAGAAGUGCGUAUAAAUUGGGGUUUUGUGGCCACGUGGUUCAAGGUUAGCCCAUUCCCCUCUCGUCUGGACUCAUUCAACACAUUCCAGGCGUCCCUGUUUUGUACUGCAGCUGAUCAGAACAGCGUUGUGGCGGAUGGAAAUGGUCGAUGUUUCGCGCUGUUCGAUUUCUUUGAGGUGCAGUGGACCACAACCCGAUGGCAAGAAAACCGAAACGCGAGAAGCGGACUCAAUGAUGGAAACGGUUUUAAAGUUGAACUACCUUUCUCUGGAACCCCAGAGAUGCGCAACUUGUGGGCUCUCUCAAACAUCAACAUGCCUGGAAUGUGGCUAUUCGAAAUAGGACAAAGUGAAGAUGUGCCAAGCAUAAGCGAUGUCGGGAGCUUCAGCGACUUGGAUUCGGAUUCACUCGUCAACUGCCCAGAUCCAAUCUUACCCGCGACAGCCCGCAUGUACGAGACGACUACGUUCAUAAUCAGUAAUUGUGUCCUCCCGGCGCAUGAUCAACUAGAAGCUCGCUUCACUGGUACCGACGAAGUGCUGGCUGAAAAUGUGACGUAUGAUCCGGAGACAUAUACUCUCAGCGUUUCCACGAACUGGUUGCACUAUGAACCAGUGGCAGUCACUAUCUGGAUGGAUGGAGCGGCGUUGAACUUGCACGACACCAAAAUGGUGUUUUUCCAUGCUAAAAUUGAGAGGGAUGAAAUAAGUGACAUCCUAUCAAUGGUCAUACAUAAUGGAAUUGUGAGUGUGGAAGUGCAUGGCGAUCAGGAGAUCUGCAAAGCAGAAAUGAGUGAAAAAAAUCUAAGCUCUAUUCUACGUUAUGGACCGCCUACCCGUGUGCCAGAUGACGGCCGACUUGUGAUGAACUAUACAAUUGAGGCCAACGAAGAAGGAGUUCGCUUCAUCCUCAUCAGUAUCUGCCAUUUCUCCUAUUCCCAUCCGAUCAAAGUCGAGUCUCCUAUGGCUUUGACGGCCGAAAUGUGUCACGAGUGGGACGAAUCCGAGAGCCGAAAGGACUACUCGUCGUGUGUCGAGGACUUGUCCAGGAAGUUCGGGUGCCCCAUGCAUCGAGACGACGUUGCCACGUGGCUUACCUGGCGAAGCGACGUUUGGUGGGCCCGACAAGAAGUUGAGAACGGACUGAAUGGGUGGGAAUACGAUAUUUGCUGCUCAGACGACACUGCCCAGAGAGAGGAGCUAAACAUGAUAGGGUUCUGCGACGACACUAUGUGUGAAUUUAACGAAGGUGCUAGUCUUUGUAUCAGAUCACCGAGGCUUGCAUGUACAGAGCAAAAUGAGCAGAAACUCAUAUAUGUUUCUAACCAGUGCUGUUACAGCAGAAAUGGUGCAUUGAUUCGUGAAGAUGACUUAGUUGGCGCAGGUCGUCUGAACUUGGAAGUAAACUCCAUGUCAAACAUGCCUUCGCAUUAUUCGAAAGAUCUGCGUCCAUUGGAGACUUGCAAGAAACUUCCGCCUCCAGAAGGGUAUCCGAUCACGCGAAAACAUCGUCCAGCGAUUCCUGGGAUGUACCGACCCAACCGAGCUGUUCUUUUGCGAGGAGACCCACACCUCGUCACUAUUGACGGAAUCCCAUAUGCGUUUAUGGGAGUCGGAGUUUACACCAUGCUCGAGACUUCUCUUCAGAACUCGACAGUAGUUCAAGCCAGCAUGCGAAGACUGGGCGAUGGAUCCGUUUUCUCCGGACUUGCUGUUUCGUUCGAAGAUAACUCCCUUGAAUGCUAUAUAAACUCAAGAGGAGAGUUUUCGUACGCAUUGAACGGAAACAAGAUGACGCUCGAUGGUCCUAGAGAGCUCAUUCUAUUUGGAUUCAUCAUACGGCGGAACGAAAACAACACUUUUUUCAGCUUUACUUUGCAGGAAAACAAUCUGAUUAUAGAAAUUUUGGUGACCGGAAAGUUCAUAAACUUUGUGGUCUCACCACCCGCUGAGUUCAAAAUGAACAUGGACGGUCUGUUGGGACAUUUCGACGCUGAAACAUCGAACGAUUUUACAACUCCAGAUCGAAACAUUUUGCCAGCCAACUCAACGCCAAGCGUCAUUCACGAGCAGUUUGGAGAAGCCUGGAAAGCCAAUAAAUCGGCCUGGAUAUUUUCAGUCUAUGAAUACUAUGUUCAGAUUGAAAACGACACUGAACAUGGAAAGGGUCUUGUACCCCAAUAUGAAGCAAACUUCCCCACUGAAGCCGAAAGAAUCGAAGCCGAAACGAUUUGUAAAAAAGAUGCUGCCUGCAUUCUGGACGUCUUCCUGACUGGACCCGAAAUUGCCCAGGUUUACUCUGAGUUGGAACAAAAAGCGGCGAACGUUUCCUUCUGGAACGAAGUGGCAGUGGCAGUCGAACAGCGUGAAAAUGUGAUAGCUGCUCUUACUACUGAUGCUCAACCACAAACAGAAGGAGCUACACAAGCUUCGACGGAAAAAGCAGAGCUCCGGACAGCGUCUAUUUCUUUGGCAUCAUUGUCCGCAGAAACCCCGGCCACAACAGAGCCGCAAAAGCUCACGACAACAACUUCGACUCUGGCAACAUUGUCCACAGAAAUACCCACCACAACAGAGCCGCAAAAGCUCAUGACAACAACUUCGAGGCCCGUUGUUUCAAUCCGAGAAACCGAGACAGCAGAACAAUCUAAUGUCCAACUACAAACUGUGCUGAUGGUGUUUUCAGCUGCAGUGGCUUCAGCUAUUGUUUUAGCGACAUUGGCAACACUUGCGUGGUUGUUGAAAUUCAGAGUUUCAGCGAGAAUUACUCCGAGCUGUUGAGUUGAUGAAAAGAUAAAAAUGGAACCUGAUCUAAACUACAUUUUAUAAUUGGAUAAAUUGGAUACUUUACCACUGUAAAAAAUUUAUUAUUAACCAAUCAUAAUCCAUCUAACUAACAACCCACUUAUUUGUAAGUGCUGAAAUUACUUGUAAUUUCAGCA